CUGCGCAAAUGUGAUGUGCGCAGACUUUUGCGUAGACAGGUCAUAGCGUAUGGACGGGCCUUUAGCACAAAGACUAUACUUCAUGCUUUGAAAAACCGCGUCAGCGUGUACACUUCGCAGUAAUCUGUGCAAAGGAGCAUCUGCGAUGUUUGGAAAUGAAAAAUAAAACAAAAUUGUUGCGACCGCACAUUUUGGAUUUUGACGCUAAUAGUUAUGAGAGAAAAUAUAGAGGUCAUAAAAAAAUGCAGUAUAAGUUAGAAACUUGCAUGAGGACAUAAGGUUAACAAAGCUUUGUUUGGUGAGAAAGCUGUAGUCGUGAUAGGCUAGUAUUUGCGACGUUAGGUACGAUGCAGUGUCAAAUAUAACGCGUUAUUGACACGCAACAUUUUACAGUAGUUUCUGUAGGUAAUGUAGCGUCAACAGACAGUGAUAUGGAGAUCAUCUUCCUCAAUACUGAGAUAAUGAAUGUUACUGAAUCAGUUGGUUAGGUAAAACUGUUUGGAAAUAAUGUACUGUUUCGAAGUAUUAAGCAUCAUAUAAUGGUGCCCUCAAAAGAAUAUAAGUGAGACAGUGUUAUGAAGAUAAAGUUUUGGUACUCUUAGCUGACGUUGGCCAAGUCCGUGUGCUACAAUACGCCUUAUUCAAUGUUUUACAAGAGACGCUGGACAUCUCUUCAACAGAAUGAAGGGUUUCAAAGUAUCUGAUGCUAAACGUACCAGGAGAGUGGGUGUUGCUUGCUGCUCUUUAGACGAGCUGAAGAAGAAAGGUCGGCUGAAGUUAAACAUUGAUGAGGAUGUGACAGUCCAGCUAGAAGAUGGUACAAUUGUUGAUGAUGAAGACUUCUUUCAGACCGUUAAGGAGCAGUCACUUCUUAUUUUACUUAAAGACGGAGAAGAUGCCAUCACAGGGGCAGAGCUACUGUACAGUGCAUUGAAGAUGGUAAAUAUUGAGUUAUUACAAGUAGGUGACUUAGCAGAGCAGUUUUUGUCAGAAAACCUUAAGGAAAAAAUGCAUGUCCUGACAUCAGCUGUUGAAAAAGCCAGAAAAAUGCAGACCGCAAAAGAACGAAAGGAGAAAGUGGUGAAAAGUCAUCGAAAAGAUGACCCUGAUUGGUUCGUAGGUAUUGAUACAAAUGCUGAUACAAAAGAGAAGUUCUUAUUUCAGCGUUCUCAGGAUCGAAUUAGAGGUUACUUUUACAAAACUCAGACUGCAAUUCAGAAAUCAGAAAUUUAUAAAAGAAAUAAAGUAGCACGGUCAAAAUUAAUUGAUGCUUGUACAAGUCUUACAAAUUACUUGAAGCAAAGACAGUACUUUGGAAGCUACUUUGAUAGAACUGCUGAAUCAACUCGUCUCUGUACAACAUUUGGUGACUUCCAAUGUCAAGGGUUGUUUUAUUCACCAUGUUGCGCCUACAGUCAUGUUAUUAACCCUUAUGAGAGCAGAGAAGCAAGAAUUAUGUUUUCAACAUGGAAUCUUGAUCACAGGAUUGAACGCAGCCGAGAGAUUGUGCCUGGAAUGUUAAAGGCGGCAAAGAUAGCAGCCCGAGAAGGAUACAUGAUAAAUUCAGAGUAUUUUUUUACAUUACUGUUUACUUUAGACAAUCUGAAACUUGUGCACGUCUUGUGUCAUGACAAAGGCAAACAUGAAAUGGGAUGUGAUGAAUCUAGGAUUGUAAUAAAAAAAUAAAUAAAGUACAAACUGGUCAUAAAGAGCAAGUACUGUGUUUAUGAAGUGACUCUGAUGGUUCAGAAUUAAGAGUUAUUUCUAAUUUAUGGAAAUUUAUGUGAAUGUUGUGUAUAUCUUUCAAUUAAAAGUUUUAAAGAAAUUUCCCACAUUACUUUUUUUAUGUAUUCCAUGAGUGAAGUUCAUUUUUUUACUGAUUUACUCUACAGAUAUUGUAAUUGUGUAUUGGCUGAAAUAUUCCAACUUAUUUAUAAUGAAACUAUAAAGGGUGACAGCCCAUAUAAAAUAAUUUUCAUGUGCUGCAUUGUGUAACUUUGUCCUGUAUGUCAACCAUUGACAAUACAACAAUAAUUGCAAAUCAA